AUGCGUGGGAUUUCGGUGCCAGAAAAAAGUUGCGAAAUAGGCAUUUCGUUCUUGAGUCCCCAAGGCAACAAGUCCAAGUCCAAGUCCCCAAGUCUUCAAGUCCUCAAGUCACAAAUUCACCACGACUUCAAAUCACCAAGUUCCAAAGUCCUCAAGUCCCCAAGUCCCCAAGACUCCAAGUCUCCAAGUCUUCAAUUUCAAGUCCUGAAGUCGCCGAGUCCCCAAAUCCCAGAGUCAACAAUUCCAAAAGUCCCAAAGUCCUCAAGUUCUCAAGUCCUAAAGUCCCCAAGUCACCAAGUAACCAAGUCCCCAAUUAUCAAGUCCCAAAGUCCUCAAGUCCCCAAGUCUUUCAGUCUCCAAGUCCCCAAUUCCCCAAGUCCCCAAUUUAAAAGUUCCGAAGUCCUCGAGUCCCCAAGUCCCAAAGUCAACAAGUCCCAAAGUCCAAAAGUUUCAAAGUCCCCGAGUCCUCAAUGUCCCCAAGUCACAAAGUAUCCAAGUCCCCAUGUUCUCAAAUCACCAAGUCCUAAAGUCUUCAAGUCUCUAUUUCCCAAGUCUCCAAGUCCCAAAAUUCACAAGUCCUUAAUUUCAAGCCCAGAUGCCCACGAAUCUCCAAGUCCCAAAGUUAACAAGUUCAAAAGUCAACAAGUCCCAAAGUCCUCAAGUCCCAAGUCCCAAAAUUAA